GAUAAUUAAGUCAAAUAAUUGUAUUCUAUGUAUCAGUCAUGUUGUCCAAAAUACAUGAUAUUACAUUUUUUAAAACUGUGUUACAAAUUGCAGUACGUCCAUGUCGUGUUUUACCGGUCGUUCUUUACACGGCGAGUAAUGAAGACGCCAGUAUGUGUGCUGAGGCUGCCCCGCGGACCGGACGGUACCAGCCGAGGAUUCGACCCCAGCUCGGCCCGUUACCAGGCGCUGUGCACGCCUACCAUCUCCGCCUCGGGUCCGGUGGAUUGUGUGGAUCUGAGAAGCGAGCAGAGAGCCCGUUCGUUUCUGCGGGAGCGUUACCUGCGGAGUCUCAUCGCCAUGGUUAAAAGAGACGUGAAGUUCACCAUGUACGAGAAGGUGAAAGUGGACGCAGUGUUCGCAGGCUCGGAUAUCGACAUUUUAAACUUCCAAGUAGAAGAUUUGGAGACACCUCUUGGGGUGCAAAAGGAGGCGCUGAUACGUUGCCCGGACGUCAUCUCCUAUUCCUUUGAAAUUGAUUCCAGUUUGUAAAAUGUCAAGGGAAAGGAGAGGGGUCACCAUGAUGUAUUGGUAAAGCACUGUUUUUGACCCGGUUGGCUAAAUUUAAACGAUGUACACGUUAAGUCUCGACCAGCAAGUCCUGUUUCCUCCUAGAGGGAUUCUAACAUGAAAAUCUGUACUGCGUGUUUAUAAUGUACUUGGAUAUUUACUAAAUAGAGACCAUGAAAUAGCCAGUGUUUGAUAAGUACAGUAUGUUCUCUCUAAUUUGAUACAAGUGGAAUCUAUUUUGUUCAGACUGGUGUACUGUUAUGAUCAUAUUCUGUACCACACUGAAAUGCUUUGAUUACUCUGCAAAGGCCUACUGUAAAAUAAAUGAUAUAUUGCUCUAAAAA